CGGACGUCUAUUGUUCAUCUGUUUGAAUGGCGAUGGGUUGAUAUUGCUCUUGAAUGUGAGCGAUACUUAGCUCCCAAUGGAUUUGGAGGGGUUCAGGUCUCUCCACCAAAUGAAAAUCUUGUAGUUCACAACCCUUCAAGACCUUGGUGGGAAAGAUACCAACCAAUUAGCUAUAAAUUAUGCACAAGAUCUGGAAAUGAAGAUGAAUUUAGAAACAUGGUGACUAGAUGUAACAAUGUUGGGGUCAGAGAUUGUCGUCUGGUUGGUCUUCUGGAUCUUGCACUGGAGAAAGAUUACGUGCGUUCUGAGAUUGCCGAAUAUAUGAACCGUCUCAUUGACAUUGGUGUUGCCGGCUUCAGACUUGAUGCUUCCAAGCACAUGUGGCCUGGAGACAUAAAGGCAGUUUUGGAUAAACUGCAUAAUCUCAACACUAGCUGGUUCCCUGCAGGAAGUAAACCUUUCAUUUACCAGGAGGUAAUUGAUCUGGGUGGUGAGCCAAUUACAAGCAGUCAGUACUUUGGAAACGGCCGCGUGACAGAAUUCAAGUAUGGUGCAAAACUCGGCACAGUUAUUCGCAAGUGGAACGGAGAGAAGAUGAGUUACUUAAAGAACUGGGGAGAAGGUUGGGGUUUCAUGCCUUCUGACAGAGCACUUGUCUUUGUGGAUAACCAUGACAAUCAACGAGGACAUGGGGCCGGAGGAGCUUCUAUUCUUACCUUCUGGGACGCUAGGCUGUAUAAAAUGGCAGUUGGAUUUAUGCUUGCUCAUCCUUAUGGAUUUACACGAGUGAUGUCAAGCUACCGUUGGGCAAGACAUUUUGAAAAUGGAAAAGAUGUUAAUGAUUGGAUUGGGCCACCAAAUAAUAAUGGAGUAAUUAAAGAAGUUACUAUUAAUCCAGACACUACUUGUGGCAAUGACUGGGUCUGUGAACAUCGUUGGCGCCAAAUAAGGAACAUGGUUAUGUUCCGCAAUGUAGUGGAUGGCCAGCCUUUCACAAACUGGUGGGAUAAUGGCAGCAACCAAGUGGCUUUUGGGAGAGGGAACAGAGGAUUCAUUGUUUUCAACAAUGAUGACUGGUCACUUUCUUCAACUUUGCAAACUGGUCUUCCUGCUGGCACAUACUGUGAUGUCAUUUCUGGAGAUAAAAUUAAUGGCAAUUGCUCAGGCAUUAAAAUCUACGUUUCUGAUGAUGGGAGCGCUCAUUUUUCUAUUAGUAACUCUGCUGAGGAUCCAUUUGUUGCAAUUCAUGUUGAAUCUAAAUUAUAAAACUUAAAUUAAAAGUAUAUAUGCAAAACA